UCUCGACCGUCUCAUUAUUAUAACCUGGUGGCUGUACAGCAUCGAUUGGCUUUUGUCUUUUUCGUCCCUGCGUCAAAAUCACAACAUACUUUGCAUAACGUGCUUCAUCGACGUCUUUCCGAAGCCUAUCAAUCUUCUAAAAUAUCUCCCGUAAUGUCUUCAAACAUUGCUCGGUUACUCUUGGCCUUCUUCUUGGCCACUGUAUCGUUGGCUCUACCUACACCGAGCACUACAAACCAAAAUACUGUACCUCUGAACGGACUUCCAGCACCUGAUUCGCUAUCUCUCAAAUACAUCACUCUCGGCGUCGGUACCCAAAACUACAGCUGCAGCGCCGCUGGUGCUGUUCCUACAGCCAUCGGUGCAGUCGCUGACCUCUAUGAUGCGAGUCUACUCAUAUCGCCCUCGAAAGCAUCCUUGAUCCCAUCAUUCGCCGCAGUAGCCUAUAGCACAAAAACUUGGUUCGAUCUCCCUACUUUAGGACAUCAUUGGUUCAGUGCUGCAGGUGUACCGACUUUUGACCUCGAGGGCCGCGGCUUUCUGAGCGCGAAGAAGGUGGCUAAUGUGCCGGCACCAAAGGGCUGCAUCAGUUCGAGCGUAGAUUGGCUGUACUUGCAGGAUGAUGGAAGAGGAGUUAGCAAGAAUGUUCAGGCAGUAUACAGAGUUGAGACUGCUGGUGGUCAGCCACCGGCUACUUGCAGCAAGGCCGGGGUAGUCAAGGUGCCCUAUGCUGCCGAGUACUGGUUCUACGGUUGAACGGUUUGCUAUGAGUUGGAGUUGGAUGAUGGUGUUGAUAGUCGGGUCCGGAGUUACACAUUUUUCUUUCUCUGCACGUUAUUCGUCUUUGCUCUUUAUGAAUACGUAGGCCCCACUGGCCAAAAGGCGAGUUAUGAUACCCCGAGGGUGGUACAGAUCAAUCGUUUACAUAAUCUCAUUCUUCGGCAGUCAGCCGCAGCUGCACUUGCCUCUCCUAAUCUCAUUGCUUCACAUCUGUCACCUUUUCC